CAUCGUCUUGUGUUCAAUUCAAUCAAUCGCAAACGUAACGAAGAAAGUUUGCGUUAGAUCUAAGGAGAAUAAACCAAGAUGGAGGCAUGAUUCACGUUUUUUACAGUCGAAGCAACCGAAGAAAACACCACCAACCCUAAAAAGACCACCACAUCACAGCAAGAUCCAAAAAUCAAAUCACAGGAGGAUGAUCUGAGGCUGAUUGGUGUCUGUUGAUGAUUUAUCGACUGACGUUGCAACGACGGCCCAGAUCAGAUGGAGAAGAAUAAGAACCGCAGCGAUCUGCUCGCGGCCGGUCGUAAAAAGCUUCAACAAUUUCGGCAGAAGAAGGAUGGUAAAGGAAGUAAAUCGUCAGGUAAAGCUGGUAAAUCUGAGCGCGAUGUUGAUGCUGGAGCAGGAACUGCUGUUGCUAAACCGGCAGCGGUGUCGCUACAGGUGCCUGAUGUGGAAAUCAGCUCAGUGUCUGCUUCCCAUGCCCGGGUUGUUGAUUCAUCGGCAUCACAUUCGAUGGAGAAUUCAGUGACCACUGACGCUGAUGCUGGCACUGUUGAUCCCUCAUCUGUGCCUGUUGUACCUAAGACAGGCAUAGUUGAAUCAUCGUUGGCAAAUAAUGUUGAGGCUCCUUUGGAGCACAACGGAGUCGGCGAAACUGUGUUGAAACCGAGUGUCGGUGAAGAACAACAUGUUGAUUCUUUGGUUACAAAUGAAAGUGAAAGUAGCUGUACUGUUGAUCCCAAGAAUACUACAGGCUUUACACAUGUAGGAAUUUUAGAAACUAUAGUUUCUGAAGAGGAAUCAUUACAUGUUGAUUCACCCGUGGCUGUUGAUCUGUUAGCCCCACUUGAUUUGGUUGAUGCUGUUAAGCUGGAUACCAAUGCAGUUGAAACAGAAUGUGCAGAAGGGGAGGACCAGGUAACAAUUGUAGGGGCAAUGCAGGAGGCUGACCUUUCGGGUUCAAAGCCAGUUGGUCAAAGCACUGGGAUAGAGCUUGAACUAGAUGGGAGUCUUGCUUUAUCUGGAUUCGGUGAAUAUGCUGAAACUCAUGCAGGGACAACGUCAGCAGAGACGGGCUUGAAGGAGGCAACUCUUGUAGCAGAGCAGACCCACAAGCUAGAUGUUUCCGCAUCUUCUGGUGCAACCAAUGAGGUAGGAGGUCAAGGGAUUGAUGGUCAUUCACCUCAGCCUUUGCCCGAAUCAGAUGGAUCUGCUGCUGUAAUUCCUGACCCGACAGAUCAGCAGAGCGCAGAUGUAGUUGCAGCUUCACGUAACGAAGAAAAAUCAGAAAUGCCAUCUACCUCCAAUGAUUUUGGUAGUUACUGUACAGAACGGGUUCAAGCAGAUAAGCAGGACAAUACAGUUGAUGCCAAACAAUUGAUAUCUAAGGGUCAGAGCCAAGAAUGGCCUUUGGAUAGUAAAAUGGUGAGGCUUUCUUCUGGUGCUGAUGUGAGCUCGAUUACCCUGUCUCAGCUUGCAGAGGUGAUAAGAGGGCUUGAUGAAAAUGAGUUAAGGUUUCUGCUCACAUCAAGAGAAUUGUCAACUAAUGCAGAAUUAAUGAAUGCUGCUUGUUCAAUCGAACCAGAGUACGAUCUUUGUAAUGAUCUGGAGAGGCUCAAGGAACAACUGUAUCUCACAAGUUUUGCAAAAGAUGUCUUUUACUUGCAACUUCAUGAACAAGCAGAACUACAGACGGAGUUCGAUCACCAGCAUCAUCAGUUGGUUGAUGAAGUAUCCAUUGCCAAUGCUUCACUCAAUGAAGUUCGAGGGAGGAAUGAAAGCCUUGUUGGAGAACUUACGCAGUGUAGGUCUGAACUCCAGGCUGUUGCUUAUGUGAGGGACGAAUUCCAGAAGCAAUUUCAUACUUCACAAGCUGAGGUUGAGGAAUUUUCUGCCAGAGUUGAUGAGUUGAAUAUAAAACUGGAAAAGUCACAAGGGGACUUGUCAAGCUUGUCAGGCGAGUUGGCCAGCUGCAGGGGUUUAUUAGCGGCUUUGGAGGUUGAAAAUGAAAAGUUAAAUGGGAGGCUCACUUCACUGACUGACGAGAAAUUGAAACUCGAGGAAGAGAAGGGACAAUUUGUUGUUGAGAAUGAGAAAUUGUUGACAGAUUUAACUGAGUGCAAGGGUUCAUUAAUGUUGUUUGAGGUGCAGAAUGUCAACCUAAAGGAGAGUCUUGCUUUGAUGACAGCGGAGAGAACGAAGCUUGAGGAGGAAAAGGAGUUUGUUGUUAGUGAGAACUGGAAACUGGUAACUGACUUGGCAGACUGCAAGGGUUUGAUGGAGGCUCUUCAGGUUGAACAUACCAACUUAAAUGGGGUUCUCAGUUCUGUCACAGAGGAGAGGGAAAAGCUUGGGGAAGAAAAGGAGUAUUUUGCCCGUGAGACCGAGAAAAUGUCAACAGAAUUAACAGACUGCCAGAGUUUGGUAGAAGCUUUACAGGUUGAAAUCACCGAGUUAAAUGGGAGCCUGACAUCGGUAAUGGAGGAAAGAAACAAGCUUGGUGAAGAGAAAGAGCAUUUUGUUAUUGAGAAUAAGAAACUAUUGGAGGAGUUAGCAAGCUGCAAGUGUUCAAUGGAAGGGCUGCAAGUCAGACAUAGCAACGCUGUGGAUGACCUAAAAGAAGCAACUGUGCACCUUGAACAACUCACUGAGAAAAAUGUCUCUCUUAACAGUAGUCUUGACGUGCAUAAAGCUAAGAUAAAAGAGUUUGAGGAUGGGCGAAAUGAGUUAUUGUCUCAAUCAGGGGAAGCUGGGAACCAAGUUGAAGGUUCUGACAUGCCAAGCAGGGGCCAGGACAGUGCAACUGAAGAUGACGAGGCUCACCGAAUUCCAGGGAAGGGGGAGUUAUUUGAUGGCCUUGCGGAUAGGUCACCUCUUAAGCAUCUUGAAUUGAAUGCAUAUGAUGAUUCCUUUCGGUUUGUGGUUUUGAAGGGACACUCGGAGGAAGCAGAGGAAAUAAUGCAGAAACUUGAGAAGGCAAUUGAUGGGUUGCACUCUCAUUCGGUCUUCUUAAGUAGGUCAAGUGAUAAAGCGGUUGCACCUGGGGUAUCAAAAUUGAUUCAAGCUUUCGAGUCAAAGGUUCAUCUCGAUGACCUUGAGGUAGAGGAAGUGGCUUCAACUGAAAAUGAAUCUCCUGCGGAUUUAUUCAUGCUAGCAAAAGAACAAACAGGAAAUUUAAGAGCAGUGCUUAAGGAGUUGGGUUUGGAUGCUGACAAUGCCAGUGAAUUGUUCAAGAAGGAAAGAGACAGUAGAAUACUCGCUGAUGACGCAUUCAGGGAGCUCAGUGUUACCCAUGAAGCCUUGAAGGGACAAAAUAACGUUUUAGAAGCAGCAAAUGUCGAACUUGUGGUUUUAUAUGAAAUUAUAAAGCAACAUGUGUGCGAUAUUGAAGCAAAGAAAGGUGAGUUUCUGCUAUUGUCUGAUGCUGUAAACCAACAAGCCAUCAUCCUUGAGGCACAGAACAGUGAAUCUGGUAAAAGGCUGAGUGAGUAUCAAUCAGUAGUUAGUGAUUUGCAAAGACGGUUGAAUGAAAUGCACUUAAGCUCAAAUGAGACGUCUUCUUCUAUCUAUAAUCAAUUAGAAAAUCUGCACGAGGAAGUGGCUGAGAGGACAUCAAUUCUUGAGCAAGAAUGGAAUUCUACUGUUGCUGAGGUUGUUCAGUCAACUGGAAAGCUCGAUGCAUUGGUCGGGAGCCUGUUCUCCUCCACUUUCUCAACCAGCACUCAGGAUGAUCUAGAUAUUAGUAGCCGUGUUGCUGCUUCUGUUGAUGCUGCCACCAAAUUGAUUAAGCAUCUGCAUGAGAAAAUUAGUGCUGCUGGCACAGACCAUGAAGCCAUAUGCAGUUCCUACAAGGAAUUGACUGAAAAAUUCAAUGAUUUGCAUGGAAAGAAUGAAUUGGCUAUUGGUGUACUGCAUAAGAUAUUUGGUAACCUUACGAAGCUUGUAAAUGAUUCAUGUGUGUCUAUAGAACCAAGUGAGGAGGAACUGUUAGAUCCUCUACAUCCUAGUAACUAUGAUACACUAAUGGAAAAACUGGGAAGGUUUCUGUGUGAAAGGCUGCAACUUGUAUCUGAAAACAACAGACUCAAUUCGGAGUUGAUGGAUAGAGCAAAGGAUAUAGAGGAACAUAAGAAAAGUUGCCUUGAUUUGGAUGCCAUUUUGAAGUUAGUUGAAGAUGUUGAAGGUGUGGCUGAGCUGGCGCUUAUUGAGAAGUCUGAGAUUGACCCUGAUAAACCUACAUCGUCCUUGGAGUCAGUGGUAUCUUUUCUUGUUCAGAAAUACAAAGAGGCUGAUGAAAAGUUUGGCUUGUCUAGACAAAGAUAUGAUGUAAAGGAAGCAGAAGUGACUGAAUUGAAGGGACAAAUUGAUCAACUAAGCUUUUUGAUUCUUCAACAUGAAAAUGAAAUUCUCAUUCUUAAGGAAAGUUUGAGCCAAGCAGAGAAGGAGCUUGUUGCUCUACAUUCUGAAUUACGGGAGAAAGUAACUGAAAUUGAGCAGUCAGAGCAGCGGGUAUCUUCUCUCCGAGAAAAGCUUAGCAUAGCUGUUUCAAAGGGGAAAGGUUUAGUUGUGCAGCGUGACAGUCUCAAGCAGUCUCUUGCAGAGACAUCCUUUGAGCUGGAGAAAUGUUUGCAGGAGGCGCAGUUGAAAGAUGCCAGACUUCGUGAGGUUGAAACAAAACUUAAGACCUAUUCAGAGGCAGGUGAGCGCAUGGAAGCUCUGGAAUCGGAGCUCUCAUACAUUCGCAACUCAGCUACUGCAUUAAGAGAAUCAUUUCUUCUCAAAGAUUCUGUACUUCAGAGAAUAGAGGAGGUUCUAGAAGACCUAGAGCUACCAGAGCAUUUUCAUUCCAAAGAUAUAAUUGAGAAGGUUGAUUGGUUAGCGAGGACAGUUACUGGGAACUCUUUGCCUCUUGCUGAUUGGGAUCAGAAAAGUUCUGUAGGAGGAUCCUAUACUGAUGCUGGUUUUGUGGUUAUGGAUGCCUGGAAAGAAGAUGUACAUCCAAAUUCAACAUCAGGUGAUGAUUUGAGAAGAAAGUACGAGGAGCUCCAGAGCAAGUUCUAUGGGUUGGCUGAACAGAAUGAAAUGCUGGAACAGUCCUUAAUGGAAAGGAACAGUCUUGUGCAGCGAUGGGAAGAGUGUUUGGACAGGAUAAAUAUGCCUACGCAGUUGCGGUCAAUGGAGCCAGAAGAUCGGAUUGAGUGGCUAAGCAGUGCACUUUUUGAGGCUCAUCAACACUGUAAUUCUCUCCAGCAAAAUAUUGAUAACUUUGAGAAGUCUUGUGGAUCACUAACUGCUGAUCUGGAGGAGUCACAAACGAAAAUAUCUAACCUUGAGGCAGCUCUCCAAGAUGUUCUCUCUGAGAAAGAGCAUCUUUUUGAAAAUCUGGAGGCUCUAACUCAUGAUUAUGAUAAAAUCUCAGAGAAGGCAGUCCAAUUUGAACUUGAGAAGGAUAAGUUGCAGAAUGAACUAACUGGUAUGCAAGACAAAUUAGCUGAUAAGGUCAUGACUGAGGAUUGUAUUUACCGUGUUGAAGAUGAGAUAAGAAGAUUGCAGAAUUUGAUUAGUCAUGUACUGCAGGAUUCUGGUACAGAAGAUGUGGUUUCUGGUGGCAGUAGUAUUGAGUGUUUGGAAGGAUUGCUGAGGAAGCUUAUUGAGAAAUACACGGCCCUUUCUUUGGAGAAUCCAGUUCUUGGGGACGCAGUUGAUGAGCAUAUUACUGAAAAAGCUAAUGUUACUCAUGAUGAGAAGAGAAUGGUAGAUUCUGGUGAUGCAGUUGAGGGGGACAUAGCAGUGCUAAAGAAAGAGCUGGAGGAUGCUUUGGGUGAUUUGAUGUGUGUGAAAGAAGAGAGAGAUAGAUAUAUGGAGAACAAUCAAUAUUUGGUCCAUGAAGUUGAAGCACUAAAUAUGAGAAGACAAGAACUACAAGAAUUACUCAAUCUGGAGGAACAGAAGUCAGCUUCUGUAAGAGAGAAGCUAAAUGUAGCAGUUAGAAAAGGAAAGUCAUUGGUACAACAGCGGGACAGUUUGAAACAGAUCAUUGAAGAGGCAAAUGUUGAGAUGGAACGCUUGAAAUCUGAGAUUAACUCCCGGGAAAAUACUCUUUUAGAGUACAAACAGAAGAUCAAGGACUUAUCCACCUACCAGGAAAGGGUAGAAGCCCUGGAAUCUGAGAGCGUGUUUUUGAGAGAUCGGUUGGCAGAAACUGAAUACUCUUUGCAGGAAAAAGGGCAUGCUUUGAGCAUGAUUAUGAAUACUUUGUGUGAUGUUGAUGUUGGUUAUGAAUUCAAUAUCAGUGAUCCAGUCAAGAAGCUGGAACAUAUCGGGAAAUUAUGCCGUGAUUUACAUUCAGCUGUUGCUUCUUCUGAAAAUGAUUCAAGGAAAUCUAAAAGAGCAGCUGAACUACUCCUUGCUGAGCUGAAUGAGGUUCAAGAAAGAAAUGAUGGCCUCCUAGAGGAGCUAUCAAAAGCUGUCAGUGAGCUUUCAGAACUCUCCAAGGAAAGGGAUUCAGCGGAAGCUGCCAAAUUUGAAGCUCUUUCACGUCUUGAAAAGCUGUCUUCUGUUCACUCUGACAAAAGGAAUAACCAAUUUGCUGAACUAAUGCUGUUAAAAUCUGGUGUAGAUCAACUCACGAAGGGCUUCUUUGAUGUUAAUAAUCUACUAGGUGAUGUUUUUUCCAAGGACUUGGAAUUUCUGCACAAUCUGGAGGUCGGUAUCAAGUCAUGUCUGAAGGCAAGUGAUACUCCUAACAUGACUGGCCUACCUUUUGGUGGUGCUCUUGGCAGCAUUAAAUCUCCAAAUUCUGAAAGCAAGGAGAACUUUCUGGGUUCAGAUUCUGUGUUUGACUCUAAGAUGCAACUGCAUUUCGAUGACAAUCUUGUAGUUGAAAUUUGUAGUCUUGUUGGAUGUAAGCUGCAAGAAUUUACAAUGGAGAUUGAUGCUCUUAAAGAAAAGUUGCACACGCACUCGGUUUCAUUACAUGUAGAAGCUAAAUGUCUCUCUGAAGUAGUGGGGACUGUUUUUAGAGAAAUAAAGUCCCAAAAACAGUCUUGUGAAACGAUGAAGGAGAAUAUUAUUCGGUUAGAGCACAUUGAGAAAGAGAAAAGUGCUGAAAUUGUUGUAAUGCGUAGGAACAUUUCCUUGCUUUAUGAAGCUUGCACUAAUUCAGUUAUGCAAAUUGAGAAUUGGAAAGUCCAGAUGAUUGAAAAUGGUUUGGCGGCUGCAGAUCAGGGGAUCCACUUGGAUCCAUCAUCUGUUGAUGGAGGAAAUCUUUUCAGUGGAUUGUCUCUUUCGUCUUCUGAAGAAUGUAUACAGACCAUGGUGAAUAGAUUACUAUCGGUUGUGAAGGACUCCAUCCGUAUGCAAAGUGAGAUUGUAGCAGGUGGCCAAAAGGAAUUGAAGAUUACCAUUUCAAAUUUGCAGAAAGAGCUUUGGGAGAAGGACAUUCAAAAGGACAGAAUUUGUGUGGAGCUAGUCAGUCAGAUCAAGGAAGCUGAAUCUGCUGCGAGGAGUUACUUGCAAGAUCUUCAGUCUGAAAAGGGCCAGGUGCAUGAUUUAGAGAGAAAGGUGGAAUUGAUGGAGGAGGAACAUAACAUGUUAGAGCACAGAGUAAAAGAACUACAAUUUGGAGAAGCGACAUCGAAAGACUUGCAGGAGAGAGUUAGAUCACUGACUGAUUUGCUGGCUGCAAAAGAACAGGAAAUUGAGUCCCUGAUGCAUGCUCUUGAUGAAGAGGAGACCCAGAUGGAAGAUCUAACUAGUAAAAUUGCAGAACUGGAAAGAGUUGUGCAACAAAAGAAUCUAGAUUUAGAGAGCGCCGAAGCUUCUCGUGGAAAGGCUAUGAAAAAGCUUUCCAUAACUGUGAGCAAGUUUGAUGAACUCCACCAUUUUUCUACAAGCCUUCUCUCUGAGGUUGAGAAGCUUCAAUCACAAUUACAAGAACGCGAUGCAGAGGUCUCUUUCUUAAGGCAAGAGGUCACCAGAUGCACCAAUGAUGCUCUAGUUGCAUCCCAGAUGAACAGCAAGAGAAAUGCAGCUGAGGUCCAUGACUUGUUGUCGUGGUUAAACACAACUUUUUCUCAGGUGGAUAAUGCACAGUUUGAUGAUAAGAAAAAUGAUCAGGUUGAUGAAUUUGAGAUACUUCAGAGGCAGAUCAUGUCAACCAUAUCUGAAUUGGAAGAUUUACGGGUAGCGGCGCAGAGCAGAGACACACUGUUACAAGUGGAGAGGAGUAGAGUGGAAGAGUUAUUAUGUAAAGAAGAAUUUCUUAAGAAAUCUUUACAUGAAAAGGAAUCUCAAUUAUCUAUGCUUCAGGGUGUGGGAGAUUCUGGGCAGGCGACAGGCAUGACCUCUGAAAUUGUGGAAGUUGAACCGAUAAAUAAAUGGGCAGUACCUGGGACCUCCAGUGCACCUCAAGUUCGCAGUUUGCGCAAAGUCAAUAACGACCAAGUUGCCGUUGCUAUAGAUAUGGAACCUGAUAGUGGUUAUAGGUUAGAUGAUGAAGAUGAUGACAAGGCUCAUGGUUUCAAGUCGCUCACUACGUCAAGAAUUGUUCCAAGAUUCACAAGACCUUUAUCUGACAUGAUCGAUGGUCUAUGGGUUUCUUGUGACCGGGCACUAAUGCGACAACCUGCUUUACGACUUGGUGUCAUCAUCUAUUGGGCUGUAAUUCACGCCCUUAUUGCAACAUAUGUAGUUUGAGAAGAAGCUGAACUGGUUCUCAUUUGUGGCUUAAACGCAAAAAACCACGUCCCUGCUUAUUCAUCUCAUGGGGAACCAAGAUUUUCUGUAUCAUAAUUGAUUUUCUUUUUCAAUUUUAUUUAGAUGUGAUCAGAUUAAUUCAUUAUUUAGCUCAACCAGGCAAUCGUGCUCUCUUUUUGUUUGUAAGUUGCAGAUUGCUUGGUUGCAUCCAAUAAGGGGAAGAAAAAAAAUAGUGAAAAAGAAAAACAUACAUCAUAGAUGACAUAGAUUGAGAAGUGGUUUAGUGUGCCCGGUUAGCAAGGGGUAUACAGGUCUGCUUUUGUAGCCCUGAGGGGGUUGUAUCUUCUUAUAUACAGGCAGCAAUGCUGCACCGUUAAGGUUCAUAAUUUGUUUUAUUGUCGAUCCUUAAUAUCAGCUUAAGUAUAUGUAUUUGUGAGAGACCGGAUCUGAACUUAAGUGUCUUCGGCGUUGCUUACUGUGAAAAUAUAACAGGGCAUGAUCAAGGUUUCAA